UGAGCUGAACCUCCAUUCGGCAACGGCAGAGCAGGAUCCAGGGCAAAGCACCCCUCCCUAAAACCAUCCAGCCCAACUAAAUUCAUAACGUCCUCCUGAUCGGGGUCGCCUUCAGCUACAGCGGAGGCAAGGGACAAGCCUUCACAAGGAGUUUGCUAAACACUUCGCCCCGGCACAAGAGAUCCCGGCUGUCAUUUUGUGAGGCACGACGGAGGAGCCGAAGAAGAUGUUGUUGUACUUCUGGGGGUUCCUGUACAGCAACUACUUUCGGUUUUGGCUGAAGUGGGUCCUGCGGCUGCUGACUCGGAAGUGCGAAUUGCAGCGUGUCUGUGACGGCUCCAGGGCCGGGGCGCGGCGGACGCUGCGCGUAGAACAUUCACUGGAAUCAUCAAAGAAUAAGGUUUUAAGAAAUGCUGUACAUGCUGAGGAAGCUGAAGUGGAGAAGUGUGUCAGAGAUGUAAUGAAAGAAAAGAAAAUUGAACAGAAGGAUACAGGGUUUAAGACAAAUCUGCAUAUAUCCCUACUGCAGAUAUCAGGUUAUAAAAAACUUUAUUUGAAUGUGGAAAAUCUGAGGAAGGUCCCGUAUGAUUCGGAUAAUGACGAACAUGAGGAACAGUUAAUUGAGCUUUGGAAUUUGCUGAUGCCUCAUGAGAAUCUGAAGGCCAGGAUCACCAAGCAGUGGUGUGAUAUUGGCUUCCAAGGUGAUGAUCCCAAAACAGACUUCAGAGGAAUGGGCCUGCUGGGGUUAGUGAAUCUGGUGUAUUUUAGUAAGCAUUACACCGAUGAAGCUCGUCAGAUCCUUUCCCGUUCAAAUCACCCAAAGCUGGGAUAUUCUUAUGCAAUAGUUGGAAUCAAUCUGACAGAAAUGGCAUACAGCUUACUAAAGAACGGUGCUUUAAAGUCUCAUCUGUACAACAUGGUCGCCGGGUUGCCGCAGAUGGAGCACUUCCAUCAGUUUUACUGUUAUCUGGUUUAUGAGUUUGACAAAUUCUGGUUUGAAGAAGAACCAGAAAGCAUUAUGCACUUCAACCAGUACAGAGAGAAAUUCCAUGACAAAAUUAAGGGGCUUCUGCUGGAUUGUGAUGUGAUACUAACCUUACAAAAUACAAAGAAACCUUAACUUGUCUGCAGUGAAGUUCUGCAUAAAAAAUGGAAUUACACAUUUGGAUAGAAGUUUUGCGUGUUUUGCCAAAAACUGUUUAACAAUAGAACUUCUUUUUUACAUUUAAAAAAAAAAUGAUCAAAAUUCAGUUAAGAAAGCUUGGACAAUCAACCUCUGUUUACAGGUCUAUAUAUGCUAUUCUCCAAAGGACAGCUUUGUUUUUUUUUUUUUUUUAAAAAAAAAAACCCCAAUCAACAAACCAACACAGAGAACAACCCACAGAUCUCAAGAGCCUCUGGAUCACUUGCUUUCACAAUUUCUUUUAUACUUCUUGGUGCAGGUACAUGAAGCAGGUAUUUAUGGUGCAUCAUGUUUUCCAUUAAUAGGUUUGACUGGUCUUUUAAAAACUUCUUUUAGUUGAAAUUACUCCAGUUUUAGAUCUUUUGUGUUCUUGUUCUGUACAUGUAGUUGAUCGUUCUCGUAGUUUUUAAAUUUCUUUGUAAUGAAGAGGUCCACAAAGGGAAUGUAUUGGUCACUUACGAUUUUGGAGAAGAGGCUUAGUCCCUCAACAUACUGACAUACUAGAAAUUACUUUUGGUUAAGGAAGCAUUUGUCUGUGGUUUUGUACCAGCAAAUUCAUAUACUUGGAAGAAGCUUAGUUUGCGAACAAACAAAACCACAAAUCAUCAGUGUAAGGAUCAGAUCCUUAGACUGAAGCUACUCCUUCUAAAAAUAUUCCUACUGUAAAAAUUUCAGUUCUUUCUAGUCUGGCUUCAGCUGCACAGGCUGCUUGACUUUGUGUCUGUUGUAAGCCCUUUCUUUUAGCAGCUAAUGGCAUAUUCUCAGUGGGAAGUACAAGAGAGUUUAGCCCUUUUAUAAUGUUCACUCAUUAAAAACCUUUAUUGCAGCUGCAGUCUCUAUUUUUUGAAAAUAAAUUCACACCUGAGUACAAGUCUCUAGCAAAGAUCUAUUUUCCGUGGAAGGGAUGCAGCUGUGAGAUGUUCCUUAAUCUUGGCAUCCUCAGACAAUCUAGUCAAUAGGACUUCACGUUUAUAUUGUGACUAAUUACUGCUUAAAGCAACUUUAAACAGAUCUGGUAUGACCAUCACUUCAUUUUUUAAAACUUACUAUUAAAUAAGUGCCUUCUGCUUUAUUCGAUCAGUGUUUUAUUUUAAUUCUGUAACCAGAUCAUAGCCUUAGAAGCUUGAGUUAUUUGAGAAAGAAUCUUUCAGUAUAUACCUAAAUAGCACACUGUGGCACAAAAUUUGUAUGCUAAUAGAAGCUUUCAUGCCUCUUUUUUUUUUUUUUAAAUCAUCUCAGGUAAAUUAGUUAACUUCUAGUCAAUGACUAAUCAUGAAGAGAUUCCUGAACAAUACAAAUACUAAACACCAGAAGAAAAAAAAAGACAACUCCCUUUUUGUAAUGAGUGGUGUUACAGUACAUAAGUAUUAAUUGGUUUUUAUAAUGUGUAAUACUACAUCUCAAUGGAGAUAAUCAAAAACCCAGCUGGACGUGGCCCUAGGCAGCCUGCUUGAGGUGACCCUGCUCUGGGCAGGGGCUUGGACUAGGUGAUCUCCAGAGGUGCCUUCCCACCUCAGUAAUUCUGUGAGUCUGUGCUGUGUAACCAGGGACUUCUUGCACUGCACCCACCCAGCUGCUCUUGAUCCCUUAAGCGCUGGUGAUCUCUCACUUGUGGGAAAUCAGCGUAGGCAGUAUGUGUGUAGGAGGUAACAAAGUUCUGUUUCCCUUUUACGAUACCUUAGGUAUAGACGAGAGUUAAACUUGGUAAUUGUUUUAACAAGUGCAGGGUGGAGAAGGGUUCAUUUCAUCAGUGUUGGGUUGAUGCUGUGCUACUAAAAAAAAAAAGAAAAUGAUGUGCAGAUGCUUGUGAGGGAGAGUACGGAUGGUUAUGCUGUGGCUUGUAAGCUGAGCAGCUAAACGGGCUAAUUAGGUACAAAACUGACAACAGGAAGCCUAGUUCUUCUGCUACUCCCAAGUACUUGUGUCCUGCAGUUGUUACCACUGAAAAAGCUGAGAUCCUGCAGAGAGUGUUUCGGGAUUCAGGUCCUGCAGUGAAGCUUUGUUUCUCUGACCCUUCUAGAUAGUGGAUAUCCCUAAAAUCUGAGGAAGGGAGUGGAAAGCAGAUUCUCCCAGUGGCUGAGAUAUUAGUUGUCUUACUUUCUAGCUCCAGCUUUUAUCACGUUUGUAUUCCUUCAUUAAUAAUUCUUGCUAUUGCUUGUAGAUCUCCCUUGCAAGCAACACGAGACAGACAUUUUGAAUUUCAGAAGUAACUCCAGUAUGUUUAGCAGCAGCAGAUCCCACCUUUUUUUUUUUUUUUUUUUUGGCAACAGGUGGAAAAAUAAUCUACACCCUUGCCCUUGUAUUUCCAGCCUUGAAAUUUUCCCCUGGCUCCUUGUUCAAUCUACUGAGGCUUUUAAAGCCCAGCCAUCAAGUUUCAGAUUUCCUAUCAUACACCUAAGAUGUUUUAGUGUAGACAUAGAUUGACCCCGUUAAGAGAUGCAUCUUCAUUAGCUUUUUUUAUUUGAAAAAAAACAAAAACAUCAAAGUGUGAGCUGGGAGUAAACUGUCAGUAUACAAGGAGAAAAAGUAAACCCAACCAUCAUCAGAUGAGCGAGAUAUAUGGGAACGCAUUAGUUUGCAUGUAGUAAUUAAGGUGAAUGUUUCUGUUAGGCUCUAAUACACCUUCCCAGUAAACAGUUAGAAUUUGCAUGUACUUUUGUACAAUCAAGUAGCCCAGUCCUUCGGUCUGGGAGUCACUCACUGUAUGUAGACUAGUACUGGGUGUGGGUGUCCCCUUUUUGCACCAGUGUAGGCUAAUUGUAUUGUGGUGGUAGCUAGAAAAUAUAUGGAAAAAGGUAAAAUUGUGUUUAGGAAAGGAAAGAACAGUGUUUUACUAGUCAGCGGUAUUUUAUACUCUUGUGGGGUGACAAUCCCAAGGUUAUGGAAGAUGUAAAAUGGAGGUAGGCCACCUUUCUGCAAAUUGAUGUAAUCAAUUUAACAUCAGAAUUUGUUGGUCAUGGUUUAUUCUAAGAGUCUUAAAACCUUGGUAAAUUCUCUUGUUAUUUAUUAACUGUCAUGUUUUAAAGUAUGUAUUAUCUUAUUAGAAUUUGCAAGUACUGUUAGUUUUCUAACUUGCUGCCUCUUUAAAGCAUUCACUGUGUGAAAGCUUAUAUGCAAUAGUAAUUUUAGAAAAAAAAAAAUCUAAAACUGAAGACAACAAGGUGGUUCUUGAAAUUUUUUGUUGCUGUUCCUGUAGCAACCAUUUAACAAACUACCUCCACUUUUGUUGUUUAGUGUAUGCUUGAAACAUGGUGCCACUCUGAACAAAUUAAUCUGAAGAUAAGUAGAAGUUUACCACAAGCAGAAGUAAUCUAGUCUUUCAACACAUUGCUUCGUAAGUAACCAACUUGAUUGGAAAGUGAUUUGAAGACAGUGCUACUUAGGAGGAAACAGAGAAGGUUUUAAACUGGUUGUGCUUCUGUCAUUUGAUACAGCAGUGUAAAGAAUAGGGCAUUUUGUCCUAAAGGACAAGAGGAAAAGGGGCCAAUUUAAGCACUUCAGAUAAAUAGUUUUGGAUUUUCACUCUUUGAAAAACAAAACAGAAAAAUGGAAACAGAAAAUUAAACACACACAGACAAAGCCCCAAGCAUUAAUUUUCCAGAUUUUCCAUCCUAGUUUAAAUAAACAUUUUACAAAAAAUAGUGGUUAGCCUUGUUUUAAGAAUUAUCGUGAUGAAAAAGUUUGUAUUUAGUUAGGUGGGAGUUCAGCAGUCAGUAUUCUUGAAAAUACUGCUAGUAAUUGUGUGGUAAAGAUGUAACCUGUUGUUUCUUUCUGUCAUACUUGUUUUGUGUUGCUGUAGUACAAUGGUGAUCAAUCUUUGGGCUGAUGUUUCUUGUGCCAGUCUGUAUAUUGUCUUUCUCUAGGGAAGAAAAAAAAAAAAACAACAAAAAAACCCCACAAACAACAAAACAGCCCAAGAGAGCCUGUGGGCAGUUUCUUAUCACACUGUGCUUAGAUGGCUGCAUACUAAUAGACAUUUCUGUUUACCACAAUAUAAAAGCAAUAAUGUAAACUGUGAUGUCUGUGUAAUAGAAAAAGAUGUUUACAGAUGGUAACAAAUAAACAAUGAGUUAUUCCAAAA